CCAAGUGGACAUAAUGGCACCAGGAACACGAGGGCGAGGUAGCGUGUUGAGGCAGCCCUUACUGUUCCUUCUUGACCUAUUGUAUUAGACGUCACUUUUAUUUUAAUUGGUUCAGCCUCACAACAGAUACAAGAUGUCACACUAUAACUUUAAAAAGAUCACCACCGUCCCAUCGGCAAAGGACUUUGUGGACAUCAUACUGUCCAAGACACAGCGCAAGACCCCGACAGUUGUCCACAAACAGUUCAAGAUAUCACGUAUACGUCGUUUCUACAUGACCAAAGUCAAAUAUACACAGCAGAAUUUCCAUGAUAAGUUAACUGCCAUUAUCACGGAGUUUCCAAAAUUAGAGGACCUGCAUCCUUUUUAUGCAGACUUGUUGAAUACCCUGUACAACAAAGACCACUACAAGCUUGCACUGGGUCAGAUAAAUAUGGCGAGACAUCUUAUAGACAAAGUUGCAAGUGACUACAAUAAGCUGCUCAAGUAUGGUGACUCACUGUACAGAUGUAAGCAGUUAAAGAAGAGCGCCUUGGGACGUAUGGCAACUAUCAUGAAGAAACAAGGACCUCCUCUAAAGUAUCUUGAGGAUGUUAGGCAGCACAUUUCAAGGCUUCCUUCUAUUGAUCCCAUUACACGAUCACUGCUGUUGUGUGGCUGUCCCAAUGCUGGAAAAUCAUCAUUUAUUAAUCUUAUAACCCACGCUGAUGUAGAGGUCCAACCUUAUGCCUUCACUACCAAAUCACUAUACGUGGGCCACACAGACUAUGAGUACCUCAGAUGGCAGGUGAUUGAUACCCCUGGAAUAUUGGACCGUUCAUUUGACGAGAUGAACACCAUUGAGUUACAGGCCAUUACAGCAUUAGCUCACAUCCGUGCAGCUGUCAUCUUCUUUUUAGACAUUUCUGAAACAUGUGAUGUACAGAUAGAGCAACAGAUGAAAAUAUUUGAGAGCAUAAAACCACUGUUUGCAAAUAAGCCUUUGUUAGUGGCCUGCAACAAGGUAGAUGUCAUGAACCUGGAGGAACUAGGGGAAAAGUACCCAGAGAAGCGAGAACUAAUUGCUUCUCUAGAGCGUGAGGGUAUUCCUGUCUUGGAAAUGUCUACUCUCACACAGCAGGGGGUUAUGGAAGUUAAGAAGGAGGCUUGUGAUCGAUUGUUAGCAAAGCGGGUGGAUGCAAAGAUGCGCACAAGGAAGGCAGAUUCUAUACUGAACCGUGUUCAUGUAGCUAUGCCUUCACAGAGAGAUCAGAAAGAAAGAAAACCUUUCAUUCCUGAAACUGUCCAGAAAGCUGAUAAAGAGAAGAUGGAAGUUUCCGAGCCCAAAAAGAAACUAGAACGAGAUCUAGAGGAGGAGUUGAUGGAUGACUACAGUCUUGACCUCAACAAAAACAAGGACCUGGAGAAUGAGGAGUGGAAAUAUGACAAGAUUCCACAGUUUUGGGAAGGAUACAAUGUGGCUGAUUUUGUUGAUCCUGAUAUCAUGACAAAAUUAAAUCAACUAUUAGCAGAGGAAGAGGCUCGUGAAAAGAAUGGUUUCUAUGAUACAAAUAUCGAGGAGGAAGAUGAGACCAUGAAGGAAAUUCGUAAACUUGCCAAAAGGAUUCGCGAAAAGAAAAUAAUCAAUGCAAUAAAUGCCAGACUUGAUAAGCCUAAAGGUAAAGCUGUAAUAUCACGUGCCACAAGGAAGCGUGAGCGUGAGAGAUCUGUAUCUCGUCUGAGGUCAGAGUUUGAAGAAUUGGGAGUGGAUAUGAGUGACGUGAAUGACUGUCACUUUACACGCACUAGAAGUACAUCAAGGUCACGUCCUCCACUCAAGAAGGCUCGCACGGACUCAGAAGGCCGAGUGCGAUCAAGUUCUAAAACUCCUCGUGAUCAGAGUGGAGUGAGGGAUGUCAAGAUGGCUAAGAAAUUGAAGAAGAUUGGGCGCAAGGCACAGUUAGUCAUAAACAAAGAUGGUCGCAAGGGUGAGGCUGAUCGUCACGUCUAUAAUCUUAAACCCAAGCAUCUCUUCGCUGGAAAGCAAAGUUCUGGCACAGCAAAUAGAAGAUAAUCUCUCAGAUGAAAUUGGAGUGGCAGAUUGUUGGAGGCAAGUUGUUUUACUAUUAUUAUUAUUAUAUACUAUAUGUAGUUAUUGUAUUAUGUAUUGAGAUUUACCUACUAACUAAAAUGAUGUAUUUAUCAUUCAUGAAAUUGUGCUGAUUUGGAAUAAAUAACAUUAUUCUACAAAUUAUUUAUUUGGUAUACAGAAUAUUCUAGGUUGGAGUUAUAAUAAUAUGAACUCAAGAUUGCUAUAUUACAGUAUAAGUACACAAUAUACUGUACUGAACUCUUCAAUGUCAAUAAAAUAUGUACAGAUAUAUGAAUUUUUAAUCCCAUUGUUUAAAAAAUUCUUGCACACUCAACAAACUUAUUAAACCUUUUAUUGUACAGUAGUGUUAUGUUACAAGAGUGUCCAUAAAAAACAAAACAUAUCUUGAUCCCGGUUACCUUUUCAAGUGACUUAACACAAUCAUUAUGGUAAAUAAAGCACAUGCAAACUUUUAUUUAUUUUGUAAUACAGUACAGUAUUUUGUCAAGUUUCCCUUUAAUGUUAUCACCAGUUAAGUCUAAUUGAUAUGGAUUCAGCAAGUUCAGUAUUUGGAAGUAAUAUCAACCCAUGUCCAUUGUCUGAAUCUACUUGAUCUCCUGCAGGCAAGCCACUGAUGAUAUGGUGUGUUGACAGUUCAUUUAACAAGUCCUCCUUGUUACGCCCACAGAAUGAGCCUCAAUUUCUCUUUCAGAGUGAAAACUUGAUAUGCAUUUAAAAUUAUAUGAGGAGCCUUCAGUUAUACUCUCAGGUACCCUACGGUAUCAAUUUUACCCGUUUUAUCCAUGCUACCUGUGUUCCUGUUUGUGUUUGCAAUAAUCUCUUAAGUUCAUCCUCACUUUGCAAAUCCUUAAUCACUUCUGAGGGUAAAGAUGUUGAUGUCGGGCUUACCUAUACUGUGCAGGGUACGAACAGUGCUCUCACUUAAACCAAGCACACAGCCAACCUCCGACACACGCUCUCCUCUCUGAAGGCGAGUGAUUACAUUUAAUUUCACGUCCAUUGUGAUUGUUUUUCAUGGCUUUUUAGCUUUAGGUGCCCCAGAGGAGGCAGAUGGACAUUUUCCAGACAUGCUCAAUGGGGAAAACAGCGUUUAACACUAAAAAGGUACGUGAUAAAAACACAAUGCAAAUGAGAGCACAGAGAAAAAGUAGUGCUGGUGUGAACUGAGAAAGCGAUUCGUGGGAAGCUUGCUGGACAUCGUCACAGUUGUACAGAAUACUUCAUUAUCAUUAGUAGUAAUAAUCUUUAUUAUUACAUUAUAAUUAUUAUUAUUAUUAAAAUCGUUGAUGUUAAUAUGACUGCGACUUUAUAGUAAUAACUUGCAAGCACCUUACCAGGCUUCACACACGACUCCACUGCCAGGCGAAUACCCGCGGCAAAUUUAAACUAUCUUGACCGUGUUAUUUAAAAAAAAUAGGUGCGCGUAAAUUAGCUUUUGGUAUUAAUUGAACAAUCGCGUUAUUCCAAAAAUGCUCAAAUCAAACUACCUAUCUAUGCAAGUACAAUACUGUAUAUAAUGUUCAAACACCAUAUUGUAUUUAGCUUAAUUUUUCUCAUGAAAUUAAACUUCUAGCAAAGGCAAAAUAAACAAACAUAAAAUUCAACAAUUUAUUCUAUGUACAAAAUUUUUAUGUACUUAUAUGUAGGAACCUGACAUCCAGGAAAGGUCAUUAACAUACAAAAAUAUGAGGAGCAUUAAAGGUAAAGGGUAUCAGAUGCAUGUGGCCUUAUCAUCGUUGUGUUGUGAGGAGGUACUGGCCUAAAAUGUAACAUUACAUUGAAGACCCAACAUUCUACUUGGUACUGCACAUGAAGGUCAUACACACCAGAAACAUUAACACAAACUUUCUAUCAAUUCUUCACUGCAAGAAUGAAACCAGUUGAAUAGUAGAUAAACACCGACUCAGAAAUCAUUGGUCAAAUACAAUGUAAAUCUUUUUACCAUUUGUUUGUAAAAUAUAUCAAAGCUCUAAAUGUACUGCAGUUAUUUACUACCAGGUUAUGCUACCACUGCCAACACAUACUAUCAUGGAGCUGCUGGCAUAUACCAUAUACCUUGACUGUUGGUAACACAAAUGAAACAUGAAGCAAUUUAUCUAAUAUUAAUUACUAAGGAAAGACGAAUGAAUUAUGUCAAGUAUACUUUGACCGUUUCUUAGUCAAUGUAUACAUUAUUACACUGACUGUCUUAUUCCUUCACUUGUAUAAUAAAAGUUGAAUACCCAGCAACAUUCACUUUAACUCCUCUCGUCUUUUAGGAAAGGACUGUGCUGUACCACCCUACUCAGCAAUGGGACUUCACAAGUUAAAAAGUUAAUCUUCUACUGCAAGAAUAUGAUGAUCAUAAAUUUAUGAACACUAAAAUUUGAAUACUGUAUAACUAUUUUAUUCAGCAAGGAAAGACCUAAAAGAGAUAUCUAAAGCACAAUUACAAACAUUUAAUAUCCCACUUAUUGUUAAAGCACAGUACUGUACAUGAAUGUUACACAACGUUAUGUUCUUUUGUGUCAUCCUCAAAAUCCUCGUGUAAUUGUGCUGACUUUGCUCAGAUACCUGUAUCUUAGCUAAGAUAAUCAGUUAAACCUAUUUUGUCAUUAAGACCAAAACUUAAAAAAAAAAGCUAACAGAACCCAAUAAAAAAUAGGGUGAGCUAAAGAAAAAAUUAAUUUUCUUUUAACUGUUUUCCUGUUUUUGCCUUCAAGUGCUGUAGCUAGGAAUUGCGUGAGUUAUUUUUAAAACUGUAAAUUAGUAUUGUAAAAAAAAACCGCUUACAAAGAAAUAGGAUGAAAAUAUUCAUCCAACCUUGGGUUUAGAGUUGUAAUACUGCACAAGAACACAAUGUACCAAAAUAUCCCUAAUAAAUCUAAUUCCUUUGUAUUGGUGGAUUAUAAUGGCAAGGCUUAAUUUCCUAACAUACAGUACAUCAGCUUCAUAACUCACAAGUCAUAUUUAAUACAAAAAACUUUAAUUUUUAACCCAGAUAUCAAGUUGUAAUACUGUAGAGGGAUGAUCUGGAAACCCUUGCAUAUGUUAUUUUAAGUGUAUUUGCCAGGGACACUUACAUCAGCAAGAGAAUAUAUACUGUAUAUAUAAACCACCAUGAAUUAUGUGUCACAUAACCCUCCUCCAUAUCAAGAGCAAUAUACAGGGUGUCCUCUCAUAAUGCCAGGAUUGUAUUACUUUUAAAAUGUGACCGAGUGAAAUGACAAAAGUGGAUCAAUUGGUCCCAUCAGAAUUAAUGGAAAUACUGGAGUUAGGUUCCAGGAAAAUUUCAUGCCAAACAAAAGUUUUUCUGUACAUUCUACACAUUUUCUGUUGUAAAUAAGUUUAAAUAAAAUUUUUUUGACUAAUGAAUGAUAGGAAUGUAAAGUUUGGUUGAGGUGAGUAUGGGGUUUGUACUACUGUAUGUGGAGUUAGAUUGAUGAAAAGGUUAAAGCAACAUUACCACGAUUAGAUCUCUCAGUGGUGGGGGUAAGACCUUAAACACCAUCAAAUGUCCAACACACACACACACUCGCCAUUAAGAUUUGUAAUUUAGUACCCAACCCAAUGGAUGUCUUUGUCUUCUCUGGAGUAGACACAACACUUACUUUCUGGACACUUUUCACUCAUCCUGGGACAGUUCAUAGUAAGUGUGGGGAAAUGAUAAAGGGAACUCUGUAUAUCGAAAAUUUGUAGAACACAAACAAAAGCUGUUGGACAUACUGUAAACAAAACUAUAGAGGCGGGAAGCUCAAUUAUCUUCCACACUACCAUGUGGAUUAAAGACAUUGUAACAGAAUAUUACCUAACUUUAAACUGAAAAUGGGACCUAAUUAUUCAGUAAUGCCAUAAUGAAAUGACACUAAUCAAAGCAACAUUAUACAAGAACACUGUACAGUACUUGACAUUUUAAAGUGAUUAUCAAACUAGUCACAGUGAUAACAGGCAAGUAUAUUACUGUGCUGCUCUAACACCAAAACAAUAAAGAUGUUAGCUAAUA